GGGAUAGAGAGAGAGGGGGCAAAGGAGAGAGGCCAUAUGAAACCAGCAGAGCAUAAACCACGCUUUAUCCUGCCAGUCUGUCCCGCUCUGCGAGGAAACACGCGACACCCCCAGCCCUCACUCACUCAUUCAUCACGCUCUUUCACACACUUCUACAGACACACACACACAGCGGCUCACAAAGGACUGGAGGAUGGCUGUGUCCAUGAGAAGAAUGAAUGGGUCCUGGAGAGGGAUGGCUCUAACCCUGGUUCUCUGUACUCUGCUCCUACACAAUGAAGUUCACUGUCAAGAUUCCACUGAUACACCUUAUACAUCCGAUGCCAAAGAUGCCCCGGGUGCUGCACCCACAGACGCCCCGGGUGCUGCACCCACAGACGCCCCAGGUGCUGCACCCACAGACGCCCCAGGUGCUGCACCCACAGACGCCCCAGGUGCUGCACCCACAGCCGCCCCAGGUGCUGCACCCACAGACACCCCGGGGGCUGCACCCACAGACGCCCUGGGUACUGCACCCACAGACGCCCUGGGUACUGCACCCACAGAUGCAACAGGAGUCGCAGCCCAUGCAGACGACACUCAAGGUACUGAUGCCACUAUCGAACCCCAAGCCCCUGUAGACGACAAGGCCACAACUGUCGCUAACUCCACAGCUGACAACACUUCUGGGACCAGUACUCCAGUACCAGACCAGGACACUACCUUCACUCCAGUACCAGACCAGGACACUGCCUUCACCUCCAUGGUGCCAGAUCAUGACCCCUUAGCCACCUCUGGCACCACAGCUGGACCUGGUGUCGACACACAGGGCACUGAAGCUACUGAUGACCUGGGUGCACCUGUUGUGCAUCAGGCCCCUGUUUUUGUUCUUCCCACUGUUGAGUGUGUGGACAAGGAGGCAGUGAAGGACAAAGACACAGUCAAGGUGGAGCUUUCUUCAGAAACUAGCUGUUCAGUGACCAAGAGAAUCAUGGAGGAUUCAGCCUGGUGCACAGGAGACUGCAACCUUAAACUGUUCCAGGAGGAGAACUCUAACACACUGGUUUUGACACGCUCUAAUGGUGGAGUCAAAGAUUUGUCAGAGAGGUUGAACAGCCAAGACAUCAAGGGCCAGCUGGGUGUGGUGAAUGCAGCUCCUCAGUGGGGUAAACACUCUUCCACCGUGCUGGUGUCUCUGCUCAUCAGUGGCCUGCUGCUGGCUGCUGCCCUCAUCGGAGGCUACUGUCUGAAGAAACACUGCAGACACAACGCCAAGGGCAUGAGGCUGGCUGAAGAUGCAUACCCAGUGGAUGAGGAGAACCAGGGGAACACCCUGGUGUCUGUGGCGCCUCUCAACCUCCUUGAGACCCGGGAGAAGCCCGCUAACGGGGAUUCCCAAGAGGCCGCCAAGACCCAGCCCCCUCCCACCAACGGCCACUCCACCGCCAACUUGGCAGACACAGAGCUGUGAAGACCCCACUAGAACCCCUGGAGAAGAAUGAAACUUACCCCUCUAUCCCUCCAACACCAAACCUUCCCCUCAGAACACAGCAGAACUCCAUCGACCCCCAUCCUACAGUGGACAUCAAGGACAAAAACUGCCCCUCAUAACCCCAAUAACCCCCACAUAAACACUCCUUCAGACUCUCCAUGUCCCCCACUUCGGCUACAUACAACUCCAUGGUAAAGACAGAUAAGAUUGAUGAUAAGGCUUGAUACUAAUGUGAAUGAUGAUGAUGAUGAUAAUAAUAAUGAGGCCGAGGGCUGUAUCCCUGUCCCUUGGAUGCUUUCGUCAUUCAGGCCUGGAGGUUGGGCCGAGGCAGGACUGGGUGGGGAGGGUUUUACGUUGUUAAUCACCACUGGCUCCAAGACGGUGGCUGGGGUCCCCUCAACCACGCCAUGUGCCCUGCCUGCACGUCAGCAGGUUUAAAGCUUCCUUCCAAAAGUCUGUUAACCAUAAAUAGAAGCAAAGCUUCACAUUCAAUUCAAAUUGGUCCUUAGACCUUAGUUGAUCGCAAAAAAAUAGCAAAAAAAAGUAACAUCCUUAAAUCUGUUUACAAAGUUCUGAGUGGAAUAAAGGAACGCUCUGAGCUUGUUUGUUCAUCUUUGUGCAUGCUUGUGUGUUUGUGCUUGUUUUUUUAUGUAUGGGUGUGUAUUUGAGCUAGCAAUUUUGUGUGUGCAAGACUGUCUGCGUGCAUGUUUUUGCGUGUGUACACCAGCUAUACAUUUUUUUUUCUUUCUCAAUUUUGUGAAAUGUGUAGACAAGGUGAUGGCUUAGGGAGUUAGGUCCCCAGUAGUGGUGAGGAGAGGGGUCCUCUUUUGGCGCUUAAUCUCACUGCCAAUCUGUAGGAGACGAAGCAGGAAAUAGUCUCCCCUUCAUUACUGCAAGCUGAACCCAGAUCAGCCAAUGGUCUGACAGGAGGUAGAAAAAGAAGAUCCACACCGUGUCACCAUGGCAACUGCUGAAAACCACCCCAGACUGAUUUGUAUAAUGUCUGGGUCACAGUGUAGUGUGUAUAUAAAGAGGUCAGGUGUGCCAAUCCUUUCAAAUAAGUCAGUAUUAUGAUAUUUUCAAUACCUUUUGUAAUGGUAUCGAAUUAGACACUUAAUACAUACAUUAUUAUAUUGAACAAUGUUAUAUAAUAUGCUUCUGUUUUAUGUUUUUGUGACUCUUGUGUACUCACACUUGCUUUGUUUUAAGCCACAGAACUCAUUUUCACCAGCUUGCUAUGCAGACAUUCUGUAUAGGAAGGAGUGAUCAUACACAGACAUCAUUUUCACCAGCUUGCCAUGCAGACAUUCUGUAUAGGAAGGAGUGAUCAUACACAGAAAGUACUUGUAGCUUCUUUUCAUUUUUCAUUUUAUGUCAUAUGAAUUCUGAGGUUAAGGUAUUGUUUGGGUCUCUUUUAGUGUGUCUGAAACAUGUCUUUAGCCUAGUUGACCGUAUACGCAGGUAGCCUAGUGAUGAGUGUUGGACUAGUAACCGAAAGUUUGCUAGAUCGAAUCCUCGAGCUGACAAGGUAAAAAAAUGUUGUUCUGCCCCUGAACAAGGCAGUUUAGCCACUGUUCCUAGGCAGUCAUUGUAAAUAAGAAAUUUGUUCUUAACCGAGUUGCCUAGUUAAAAAAUAUACAUGUUGCGCAAAUGCUUGGCAAUACAUUUUAGCAGAACUGCAUUUAAAACACAGCCCAAUCUAUUGUUUAAAAGUACACUCGACAUGCAUAGCAGGGUGAUUUCUUGUUUAUAGACCUCUACAAGUAGAUUAAUUCAUAUAGUCUCCCCUUAAAAUCAGGAACUAAGAGGAAUGUUACAAUUUCCAUUAUGCAUAACAUUACAUCACUGUUUUUGUUUGAUCUAACUGGAGGAAUUUGCCAUUUAAAAAAAACAACAUUUGAGCACAUAAGUGUUACCUUACUUUAAUUUCUACUUUUCAGAAAUGUUCUAUAUUUUUAACAUCCCAAAAUUACUGUUAAUUCUACUAGCAUCAUACAUUUCAAGAAUGGAAAUUGGAAAAUAAAAGAAUGUUUUUAUAAAGUUGACAUUUUGAUCUAA